UGCUGGGAUCGUCUAAUCCCCCGUACCAUGGGCAGUGGUGUAAGGUUGUAGUUUUCGUGUAUCCCAUGUCUGUGCCAUGAUGCCAUUACGCAGCAACGCAGCGUCGGGAAUACCAAACAGCAAGGUCAAGUACUCCAAGCUUUCGGCUACAGAUGACGGAUACAUAGACUUGCAGUUUAAGAAGAGCCCUCCAAAAAUCCCAUACAAAGCCAUUGCUCUGGCAACAGUGCUUUUCUUAAUUGGUACCUUACUCAUUGUGAUUGGAUCUCUGCUUUUAACCGGAUACAUCAGCCCAGGGGGAAAUGAACGAGCAAUCCCAGUCCUGAUCAUCGGCAUACUGGUAUUUCUUCCUGGUUUCUAUCACCUCCGCAUUGCGUACUAUGCCUCCAAAGGGUAUCGGGGUUACUCCUACGAUGAUAUUCCAGAUUUUGAUGACUGAGAAGACAACGUACAUUUUGUGGAUUAGGACAUUGCAGAGCCCGGUAGGAGUAGACCUACUGUAGGAAAGAACAGUUAAUGCAGAGGAUACAUAUUGCAUAGGUCUAAGGAUUUCUUUGUAUGCUACAACAUGAGGGUUCCUUUCCCCCACUGAUAUCAGGCCCUGCAAUUAUUAUUUUUUAAGAAUCAUAGCAAAAUAAACAGGUUGUGGAGUAAAUGGCACGAGCCAAUCAACUGGCAGGAGGUUUCUUCCUCAAACUUAACAUAGUUCUGUACAAAAAUGCUUGGAAAAGUUUCAAAUGAAUAAUGGUAUAUAUGUCGAAAUGAUUAUUCUGGCAUACUAAUUGCUAUGUAAAUCAAUUGCAAAUGCAGUUUUAUUAUGUUUUUAAGGCGGAAAAAUACCCUGUGUAAAAGGUAAAUGUUGUGUGGACAGGACAUCCCUUAUUUGCUAAAUCCCCUUUGAUUUAUUCUGUACUGUAAAAAUGUACAGCCGUGCUUAUAGCAUAGCACUUUAUAAAUAAAGAUACAGUAUAUGA